AUGGACUCGUCAGACUUGUUCAUCGAGCAAGAGGCCGAAAGUUACCCACUUCAGCCAUUACUUGAGCCAUUGGCAUAUUUACCAGGCGGAUCAACAGGCGUGCGUGUCAACAGAGAGGGUAACAACUUGGAUGCAGCUCCGCCCUCAUUUGAAGAUUCACAGGCAGCGGCAGCAGCGGCGGCAACGACAGCAAGAGCGAGAGCAGAAACCACACCUUCGAAUUUCAACUUUGCCUAUCUGAGUUUCAAGUCAGGUCGUCCUGAAAGGCCUCAAAUCCGGUCUCACAAAUUUUCAGAUCAGGAAAACAAGGUCAUCGGUGCAUUUAUAUCAACUACUUGGUCCAAAGGCAUUGGAACCGAAGAGCGGUUUCGCGAUGCGGAUCUGAUCAAGCUUCGCAACUAUGAUCCUAGCCUAUUGGGUGAUUACGAGCUUUGGCCCAGCCAACCGCUUCCGUCGCCGCUGUCGUGGUCGGACUGGAUUCUGAUGUCUUUCGAGAAGGACAAGAGCGAUCGGCUCAAAAUGUUUGGCGACUUUCCCUUCGGCUUCGUUCGAGAGCUGAGGUAUGUCUUUCUCGACACGGGGGAGCUCCAGCGUUACAAUCUCACAGGCAAAACGUUGGAAACUAAGAUGAGCCUUUGA